UUCAAAAUAUUUUCUUUAAUCUUACAAAUAACACAUGGGUUUAUCAUUUCAGGACUUGGUGGUGUUCAGAGAUGUGUCUGUAGACUUUUCUCAAGAAGAGUGGGAAUGCCUGAACUCAUAUCAGAGGAAUUUGUAUAGAGAUGUGAUAUUAGAGAACUAUAGCAACUUGGUGUCAUUGGCAGGAUGUUCCAUUUCUAAGCCAGAUGUGAUUACCUUAUUGGAACAAGGGAAAGAACCCUGGAUGGUUGUGAGGAAUGAGAAAAGAAGAUGGAACCUAGAUUUGGAAUCCAAGCAUGACACUAAGAAGUUAUUCCAAGAAAAGAAUAUUUAUGAAAUUAAUUUCUCUCAGUGGGAGAUGAUGGAAGGAAUGAAAAGUCGUGGACUUGAAGACUCCCCUUUUGGAAAAGAUUGUGAAUAUGAAAAGUUUGAGGGACGAGAAAGUCCUCACGAAGUGUAUUUCAGGCAAGUGAUGAAAACCAUCCCUAAAAAAAUGCCCCAUUACAGAAAACUCACAUCUCUUACUCUGUAUCAGAAAAAUCAUAAUAGAGAGAAACCCUAUGAAUGUGGGGAAUGUGGAAAGGCUUUUAGAGUACGCCAACAGCUUACUUUUCACCAAAGAAUUCAUACUGGUGAGAAGCCCUAUGAAUGUAAAGACUGUGGCAAAACCUUUAGACAGUGUGCCCAUCUUAGUCGACAUCAGCGAAUUCAUACCUCUGACAAGCUCUAUGAAUGUAAAAAAUGUGGAAAGAUCUUUACAUGUGGUUCAGACCUUCGAGUACAUCAGAGAAUUCAUAUUGGUGAGAAGCCAUAUGAAUGUAAAGAAUGUGGAAAAGCCUUUAGAGUGCGAGGACAACUUAAUCUCCAUCAAAGGAUUCAUACUGGUGAGAAACCCUAUGAAUGUAAGGAAUGUGGGAAGGCCUUUAGACAGUAUGCACACCUUACUCGGCAUCAGAGACUUAACAUUGCUGAGAAGUGCUAUGAAUGUAGGGAAUGUGGUCAGGCUUUUCUGUGUAGUACAGGCCUUCGAAUACAUCACAAACUUCAUACUGGAGAAAAACCCUACCAAUGUAAGGAGUGUGGAAAGGCCUUUAGAGUGCGGCAACAACUUACUCUCCAUCAGAGAAUUCACACUGGUGAGAAACCCUAUGAUUGUAAGGAAUGUGGGAAGACCUUCAGUCGUGGUUAUCAUCUAACUCUCCAUCAGAGAAUUCAUACUGGUGAGAAGCCUUAUGAAUGUAAGGAAUGUCAGAAGUUCUUUCGUCGUUACUCAGAACUUAUUUCACAUCAAGGUAUUCAUAUUGGAGAGAAACCUUAUGAAUGUAAGGAAUGUGGGAAGGCCUUUAGACUGUUUUCACAACUUACUCAACAUCAGAGUAUUCAUUUUGGUGAAAAACCCUAUAAGUGUAAGGAAUGUGAGAAGAGUUUUAGACUGCUUUCACAACUUACUCAACAUCAGAGUAUUCAUACUGGUGAAAAGCCCUAUGACUGUAAGGAAUGUGGAAAGGCCUUCAGACUUCAUUCGUCACUGAUUCAACAUCAGAGAAUUCAUUCUGGUGAGAAACCAUACAAAUGUAAGGAAUGUAAGAAGGCCUUUAGACAACAUUCACACCUUACUUAUCAUCAACGAAUUCAUAAUGUCACUUAAUUAUUACAAGAACCCUUCCAUUGUGAAUUUUUUUGUUAAGGAACAUUAGAAAAUAAACUUAGAGGAAAAGUUUUUGAAUGUAGGAAUCUCUUUUGAUUUAUCUUACAGCUAACUCAGCAUAAGAAGUUUUUUAUUUAAAGGAAAGAAUGUUAAUUUAAUGAAUAUAUAGAAGUCUUUCAUAUCAUUCAACCUUGUUAAACUUUAGGAAAUUCAUUUUAGAAAGGAACUUUAUUAAAGAAAAGCUUUUGAUUGUACCUAUCUCUCUGUAUUCUUCUAUGUGUGUAGUAUAUGUAUGGAGGUUGCCAGGGCACCAACUCAUUCUGAAAAUUGAUAAAUAAGAGGAAAGAAAAGUUAUUUAUCCUUCAUUUCCUGUAUGAUCUGUCUUUCAGGGCAACCAGAAGUGUGAAAGGUAAAGUUCUUCUUUAUUAAAGAAAUCCAACUAAUGAUUGCAGAUAAAUUAUAGAAACAGAAAAUUAUGUCAGAAAAGCCAUUUUGGAGCACAUAA